AUGUGGAGUGGCUCUAACUUUGAACGGGCAAGUUUAGAAAGACGCAAAUACAAUGAGCGACUAAGAAAAGAAAGAAUUUUUAACGACAAACUGAGAACCAUCGGUAUUGACAAGCAAUGCCUUGACAGGCAGCUGGAUGACAAGAAAAAAUGGAAAGAUGCAGAAAAGUUUGAGCAAGAUACUUUUGAGGCCCAAUUCCUUCAUGAUAGCAAGCAAGCGUAUCUUCUUCAACGCAAAGAAGAAAGGGAGAAAUUUGAAGCGGAGAAGAGCAAUUUUCAGGAACAAUAUGCGCGUGCCAUUCAGGAGAAAUUGAACCGGGAUGAGUCUGAGGAGCCACUUGAAAACAUGAUGCCUCCGGGAAUGCCAGGCGAGGACCCAAACAGCGAAAACCGAGUAUGCAGGCAGAAAGAGCAGCUGAGGGAGUGGCUCCUCCAGCAACAAAUAGAGCUAGCCAGAGAGAAAGAAAGACAAAAUAAUGAAAGGUUGAACGAUGACAAAUUCAGAGUACAUAUAGACAAUGUCGCUCAGGGACUGCAAAACGUCGUGUUAGAGAGAAGGAAAAAAAAUGCAGUUGAACUGAACGAGUUCAAUCAGGCAUUGGCUGAAGAGAGGCAACGGUAUGAACGGGAACUCAGAGAUGACUUCAGAGAGAUACGGCCGAGUCAGUUGGGGGUUCCUGGUAUGUUGCACGCCUUUGAUAGAAGGCCACGUGCCGAGAGCUCUGAGCAAAUGAAAAAGUUCUGGAACCUUCAAGUUGAGGAGAAAAUGAUGACAAAAUUGGAGGGGAUCAAAGAGAAGCAACAAUACGACCGUUGGUGCUCCAACACGACACGUACGGCUAUGAUCAUAGAGAGGCAGCAGGAGCGACGGAAGAAGGAGCAACGGCAGGAGCUGGACUAUAACAACACCACCACUGCUGAAUAUGACAGGCGCAAUAGACCUGACAUUAAAACAGGAGGCAUCGAUGAAAGCUUCUUCGCCAAAUUUAACACGUGCAGUCGCUGA